GUAAGUGAAAUCAUGAACCCUAGAAACCCCCGGUGAGAGAACUCGAAGGGGGAGAGAGAGAGAGAUGUCGUUCAUGUAUGAGAAGAGCAAUACAUGGAGAUGGCUAGUGACGAAGACGCGAGAUUCGAGAUCCUUCUUCUUCACGUUCGCUGCUCUAUGUGGUGUGAUUCCUGGCGUUAUAGGCUAUGGAGUUAUGCAGGUCACCAAUUCCAGUAACCCUGAGCUCGAAGCCCGCCUCCGUAAAUCUGCUCGCCCCGAUACCCUCAUGAUGGGUAAAGUAAACCAAGAGAGGCUAGCUGAGUAUCUCGGUGAGUUGAAACAGAAGCAGGACACAAAUGACAGAUAUGUGGCUGCUCUUAGGGGAGAGACUCUUACCAGGAAGCCUUAUCAAAGAAUCCAACCAGUGCCAAAGCCAGAUGACACGGUGACAACCAAAGCUCAGUAAGGAUGAAUUCUUUUAAGAGUCAGUGCUAGUGGAUGCCUCUCACUCGAAUCUUUUGUCGAUGCAAAAAUGGCAUGUUUACUGGCCGUUAUAUUUUUAUUUUUUUGUAACCGGCAUCUAGCGACACAGCUUUUGUGCUAUGCAAACUGCUGCAACUUCAGUCACUUCAAACAUUUUGCUAUGAUGAAUAAAACUGUAAAACCCAU